AACUAAAAUCCAAUUGUAAUACAAUUAAACACAAAUUACAAUUCAAAACAGUCGCGGUUGUAGCGAUAAAUCGCACAUCUCUUGAUCGAAAUGCGAAAUCUCGCAGAGCGACUGGAAGUGUCUGGGAGUUUGACGACCAAGGACGACGUUAAAAUAUAACCUGCACGGCAAGUUUUUGUCACUUGACAUUUUCUCAACGAAUGUCAAAGAACGUCAAAGUCGUAACACGUCGAAGUAGCUAUGUUUGCAAGCCAAUUGACUUUGUCGAUCUCACGAACAGUUAGAAGUAACUUGACGAGCGUUCGAAAAAUGAGCGCUGCGGUUAAUACCGGCUGUGUGAAAUCUCUGUUAUACAAGGAAUACGGUGAUCCCGUCGAGGUUCUUCAAGUAACGACACAAACAAUAGAACAACCAGCAGGCAAUGAAGUGACAGUGAAAUGGCUGCUAUCUCCAGUGAAUCCAGCCGAUAUAAAUACAAUACAAGGAAAAUAUCCCAGCAGGCCUUCUCUACCAGCAGUACCAGGAAACGAAGGCGUUGGAGAAAUAGUAGCAGUUGGAUCUAGUGUUCAAGACUUGCGUGUUGGAGACAGGGUGGUACCAAAUGGCCCUAAUUUUGGAAUCUGGAGAACGCAAGCUAAUUAUAAUUUUAAGGAUCUUAUGAAGAUACCAAGUGACGUUGAUCUAGUUGUAGCAAGUAUGAUGAAUGUAAAUCCAUGCACAGCAUACAGAAUGCUCAAGGACUUUGUUCCAUUAAAGCCUGGAGAUACUGUGAUACAAAAUGGUGGCAAUUCUGCGGUUGGUCAACUGGUCAUUCAGUUAUGCAGAAUAUGGAAUUAUAAAUCUGUCAGUGUUGUUAGAGAUAGGCCAAAUGUACAUGAAUUAAAGAAUCAACUAGCAAGUUUAGGAGCCGAUGAAGUGCUAACUGAAGAGGAAGUUCGAAAUACACAAUUGUUUAAGAAUAAAAAAUUACCUGCACCAAAAUUAGCUCUUAAUUGCAUUGGUGGACAGAGUGCGCAUGAAAUAACGAGACAUCUCACACAUAGUGGUAUUAUGGUGACUUAUGGUAGCAUGUCCAGAGAACCGUUGACUGUACCAGUAUCCGCACUUAUAUUUAAAAAUAUAUCAUUCAAAGGAUUUUGGAUGACAGCCUGGACAAAAGCAAAUAUGGAAUCCCAGGAGAGAGUGGAAAUGUUUAAUAAUUUAGCAGGUUUCUUUAAAGAUAAGAAAUUGCAACCGCCACCAUAUAAACUAGUACCUUUUUGCGAAUAUCAAGAAGCUAUCGCUAAGGCGCUUAGCUUCGAUGGCCGAACGGGCGUGAAGUAUAUUUUAGAUUUAACAAAAUUUUAAAAUUUUAUUUACAUAUAGAGAAUCCGUUUUCUACUUUUUCGUAACUUCUGCCAGUGCAUUUGAUAGCAUUUAAAGUUACUAUUUUUAGGAUUCUGCACUAUGCGCAUAGAUUGAGACAAACUAAAAUAUUUUGUAAAGUACAAUAGUUUUUCACAUGGGAGUAUGUUUAUUUCUAGUAGAAAUAUCGGUGUAUAUAAAUAUGCAAGAGAAUAUAGGGAAAAUAAAUUAUAUGCUAAUAAAA